AUGCGGCGAGGGGAUCUUUACGGAGCUGCCACGGCAUCGCUGCUGUUGGCACACGCCACACUGGCUAGGCAGGCUCGAAACGCCGCCAACGACGAGUCUGUUCCCACAGCGUUCGUUACACUUGAUGUUCCCAAUAAAAGCAAGACGACUGAGGCGCUGACUUUUCGCCUCGACGUCGAGCAGUCCAACCAUGCUUGUGACCAGGGAAACCUGAGGAUCAACGGUCACCGGCUCAAUCAGACCGUUAACGGCGGUGGCCAAGGUAUUAUAUCAAGGAGCGGCGAUACAGCCGUCAGGGCGAACUGGCUCUUCAGCUGCCUCCAAAGCGAGAAGGCACCAUAUGAUCAGGCCGUGUCGGUGACGGUGUAUGAGGUUGACGGCCGCCCGAUUGAACCUGCUGGCUUUGAGACGUUCUUCCGACAGCGGCAUCCUGUAUCGAUUGUUGAUGUUGAUGGUGCUGCUGUCGUGAAUCGGCUGCACACGUUGUCAAUCCCCCAAGCCGGGACACAGGAACGCCCUCUGACAAACGGUGUCUACGGGCAGGACAAGAAUGAAGCCGAGCCUCGUCCGACGCUCGCGACCGCCGUUCAAGACGACAUUCACAGCAAAGUACAAGAACUCGAUCUCUUGCGCAUUCAGGCCCGUCGUCUGGGCGACCUGAUUUUUGAGAAAGAACAAGCCAUCGCCCAGCUCUUGGGGAAGAAACCCCCUGUGCCAUCUGUCAAAGUUGACAACUGCGAAAGCAUUCGCUGCGUCCUGUCGUAUCUUUCAAGAAAGUUCAAGGAUGCAACAGGUACCCUCGGGAAAGACUUGGCGGAGCUGAAGGGCUUUGUCGCCGACGCGGAUGAUGUGCGGCUGCCAACGCCCGAUGACUUGAAUGCAGACUUUUGGCGAGAGGCUCAGACUGAUGACGAUGUUGAAGAUGAGAAUGAGCCAGAUGUAUACGAAAUCACGAACAAGGACGGAUCUUGGGAGUGGGAGGAGGAAGUAGUCCUGACGGCCGAGGAAGUGACUGCGUUGCAAGAAGCUGACCGCCACGCCUACCGAUUCCAUCGUCGUCAACCACGACUCCUCACAGCUAUUGCAUUAGCAAUCCUGGCUAUCUGCUCUCUCUCUCUUUGGGCCAUUCACCAUCUCCAUCGUCGGACCCGCCAAGCAUCCCGAAAUGAAACCCAAGCGCUGGGCUCUACCGAAUGCCAAUGGAGCCUCCGAGAGUCGUGCGCUGAGCGACGUGCCCGCCGCCAGGCCCGCAAGGAAUCCGUCAGAGCCGUUGUCCAAGGCCUUCUUUCCCGCUGGAAGGGCGCCAGGCAUGACGACCUGGAGAAGACCGUAGAGGAGAAGGCCCAAGACGUGGAAGAGGGGGAUACUACGAUGGAGGAAGAGAUUGCUCAAUUCCGAGAGGCAGCGGCAAUGGUUGGCGACAUCGUCGCUGCUGAAGAAGGGCGAGCACGGCGAAGUCACCAAGGCCAAAACGCCGUCGAUGUUGGAGGUGAUGAGGCAGACAGUCCCCCAUCGUACGAGAGUGUGUCAAACGAGUCGUCCGUUGUGGCAAACGGGUUCAGAUAUACUCCUGGCUCGUCGCCCGACAACUCAGACCAUAGAAAAAGCGGUGGGGGGUCAGGUUGGUAG